AGACGCAUCGUAAACACAUGAUAGAAAAUCUUUUAUAAUUACGAAAAUGUCAUUCGAUAUUACUCUGAAUUUGAUUUCUUUUUAAUAAUAGAUUCUGUAUAAAUCUAUAUUGUAGAAUUUUGUAAAAGAACUCGAAAAUAAAAACUUAUUAUCCUUAAUCUGCAAAAGAAUCUUCAGUGAUCGUUCGAGUUUAUUUCUUUGCCUAUAAAAGAUAAAGUUUAAAAUAAAAAAUAGGAAUAAUGGCAGAGGAAAAAGUAGAAAGCGAUAAGAUAGAAAAUGCGCAGGUUAUUUCCGUAGAAGAAAAAAUGAAAGUGAAACCUGAUGACAAGAAUAGACAAAAGGCCAAACAAACAGAUCCAAAUGAUAAACUUAAUAAUCGUAGUAAUAAUAACGAAUCAGGAAAUUGUUAUUGUGGAAAAGAAAGAAAUCUGAACAUUGCAGAAUUAUUAUGUGCUAGUUGUUCAAGAUGGUUUCAUGAAUCUUGUAUUGGAUAUCAGUUAGGCAAAUUAGUGCCUUUUAUGAUGAAUUACAUAUUUAUGUGUAAAAAUUGUUCACCAACUGGAUUAGAAAGUUUUAAAAAAAAUCAAGCUCCUUUUCCACAAAUGUGUGUCACUGCAAUAGCUAAUUUAUUACAAAUUUGCCAAAAAGAAAGUGAACAAAGAACAUUAUUUCAUAAGGAUAAAGACAUAAUACCUUUUAUCGAAUGUCACUGGGAAAGUAUGACAACAAUGCCUCGCAGAGUUACACAAUCUUGGCAUGCUACAAUACACAGAGCAUUAUUGAAAGAUGUUGGUACAUUAUUUACUAUGGAUGAAAAUAGUACGGAAGGCCAGUUGUUUGGUCUUGCAAGUCCAGAUCUUGUGUUAAUUAAGCCUAAUUAUGAAGCAAUGAUCAAGGGAGGCCAUUUGAAAGUUACAGAAAUGGGUGUGCAACAUGUUGUGCCACUAAGUGGAGGACUUCGUGGUCGCAAUGCAAAGCGCAAACUUCCUGGAGAAGGUGCAGGUACUGGUCCCGGAAAAAAGGGCAGAAGUUCAGAUAUGACGGCUCCUAAAUUGCCUGCACAUGGUUAUCCUCUUGAGCAUCCUUUUAAUAAAGAUGGAUACAGAUAUAUACUUGCAGAACCAGAUCCUCAUGCACCUUUCAGACAAGAGUUUGAUGAAAGUAGUGAUUGGGCAGGAAAACCUAUUCCCGGUUGGUUAUAUAGGCCUCUAAGUCCAAGUGCAGUUUUACUCGCUUUACAUGAUCGUGCUCCACAAUUAAGAGUUUCCGAAGACAGAUUAGCAGUUACCGGCGAAAAAGGAUAUUGCAUGGUCAGAGCUACACAUAGUGUAAGUAAGGGGACUUGGUACUGGGAAGCUACAAUCGAAGAAAUGCCUGAAGGAUCUGCUACUAGACUUGGUUGGGCACAAGAAUAUGCGAAUCUGCAAGCACCAUUAGGCUAUGACAAAUUUGGAUAUUCUUGGAGAUCCAGGAAAGGUACACGGUUUCAUGAAAGUAGAGGAAAACAUUACAGCAAUGGUUAUGGAGAAGGAGAUACAUUAGGAUUUCUUAUAUCUCUGCCUGAUACAUACGAUGCAUCGCAUAUUCCAAAUACAUAUAAAGAUAGACCUUUAGUAAAAUUCAAGAGUCACCUUUAUUACGAGGAGAAAGAUCAAGUACCAGAAGCAUUAAAAGCCUUAAAAUCUCUACCAGGGAGUAAAAUCGUAUAUUAUAGAAAUGGUGUCAAUCAAGGUGAAGCUUUUAUAGAUAUCAAUAGAGGGGCAUAUUUUCCUACCGUUUCAAUACAUAAAAGUGCAACUGUUUCUGUAAAUUUUGGACCCAAUUUUAAGUGUCCUCCUACUGACGCUGCUUUCCGAGGUAUGCAUGAUAAAGCAGAAGAAGCAAUUGCAGAACAAUCUAUGGCAGAUAUACUCUAUCUAACUGAAAACGAAGGAAGAUUAAGAUUAGACACGUUUUCCUUGUGACAUUAAUAAAAUGUUUUAUUUUUUAAUUA